AUGGCUGAGGCCUCCAUCCCAAAACUUGGGGAAGAAAAGGAAGCCACACCUUGUCCCAAUAUCCCGCAGCUGGAAGAGCUCCUGAGGGCCGGGAGAGCUUCUUGCAGCAGAGUGGAUGAAGUCUGGCCCAACCUUUUCAUCGGAGAUGCGGCUACGGCAAACAACCGAUUUGAGCUGUGGAAGUUGGGGAUCACCCAUGUGCUGAACGCCGCCCACGGGGGACUCUACUGUCAGGGGGGUCCUGACUUCUACGGCAGCAGUGUGAGCUACCUGGGGAUCCCAGCCCACGACCUUCCUGAUUUCAAUAUCAGCACCUACUUUUCCUCAGCAGCUGACUUCAUCCACAGAGCCCUCACCACACCUGGAGGUAGGACUUGA